AUGUCUAGAUCUGGUAUUGCUGUUGCAGAUGAAUCUUUAAAAGCCUUCAACGAUUUGAAAUUAGGUAAGAAGUACAAGUUUGUUUUAUACGCUUUAAAUGAUGCUAAGACUGAAAUUAUUGUUAAAGAAACUUCCAAGGAUGAAUCUUAUGAUACCUUUUUGGAAAAAUUACCAGAAAAUGAUUGUUUAUAUGCUGUCUAUGAUUUCGAAUACGAAAUCAGUGGUACUGAAGGUAAGAGAUCCAAGAUCAUCUUUUUCACCUGGGCACCAGACACUGCUCCAGUUAGAUCCAAGAUGGUUUACGCUUCCUCUAAGGAUGCUUUGAGAAGAGCUUUAAACGGUGUUUCUUCUGAUAUUCAAGGUACUGAUUUCUCUGAAGUUGCUUAUGAAACUGUUUUAGAAAAGGUCAGCAGAGGUGCUGGUUCUCAUUAA